GGGGCGGGCCCCGCCCCCGCCACAGGUCCAAUCCCUCGUCGGAGGCCGGUUACACCUGCUGCCAAGCGCCAUCGAUGCCCCUUUCCGGGCUGCAACAAAGCCUAUUACAAGUCGUCACAUCUGAAGUCCCACCAGCGCACCCACACGGGUGAGCGCCCUUUCUCCUGCGACUGGCUCGACUGCGACAAGAAGUUCACGCGCUCCGACGAGCUGGCCCGCCACUACAGGACGCACACGGGCGAAAAGCGCUUCUCCUGCCCCCUCUGCCCCAAGCAGUUCUCCCGGAGCGACCAUCUGACCAAGCACGCUCGUCGCCACCCAGCCUAUCAUCCCGACAUGAUCGAGUACCGCGGGCGCCGUCGUACUCCCCGUGUCGACCCCCAACCCACCAGCUUGGUGGACAGCUCCGCCUCCGUCGCCGGCCAGGACCCCAUCCUCACCGCCUGCCUGUCUGACAGUCAUUGCUGUUAG